AUGUCAUUUACACAACUUCCCCCAGAGAUACUCAUUCAAAUUGCGUCUGCGAUUGAUAACGAAUCCGAUCUUGCUUCUUUCGUCCAAGUCAAUCGUGGUAUAUACCAAACACUCAUAUCACAAUUAUACGUACGCAAUGCAAAGGAUUCAGGCGGAUCAGCUAUCCACCGUGCAGUACAUUCAGGAAAUUGUUUUACCUUAAAGAGAGCCCUCCAAGCUUGGACAGAUACUAAGAGCCCCGCCGAAUUACCGUCUAAAUCGGGCCGCUACUCGCCUUUACUUAUAGCAGCGAUCAAAGGCAACUUAGCCAUAGUAAAGAUACUCUUAGACUAUGGAGUCGACCCAAAUGUUCGGGACCCGUCAAAGUGUACGCCCCUUUACCAAGCUAGUGCACAUAGUCAUACAGCGGUGGUUGCGACGCUCCUAGCACAUCCGAAAAUCAAAGUGAACGCCUACUCCACGGGCCGAAUAACUCCAAUAAACGCCGCUGCACGAAACGGCCAUGCUGAAAUUGUGAAGAUGUUACUAUCCUCUGGUGCUCACGCAGGCUUUGCGCGAAAAGGUGGACCGACCCCUCUUCAUGGCGCUAUCCUGAAUAAACAGCCUGGGUUGGUUCGUCUGCUUGUGAAUCGGAAAGACGUAGAUCCUAAUGUGCCCUUUUUGGACUCUACUUCUUCGGAUCGUACUCCAUUGCACAUCGCGGUCGACACAAAUGAAGAGGAGCUGGUUGAGAUUCUGCUUACAGAUAAGCGGAUUGAUCCAGACUUGACGGCCCGCCCGGUUUCCCAAACACCCUUGCUAGACGCUGCAUUGAAAAACAACGAGGCCAUGGUGCGCCUGUUAUCUGAGGCUGGGGCAAACAAAGAGAUCCGGGAUUCUACAGGUCUCUCACCUGCCAUGUUGCUUGAUGCGCCAAGUGCAGAGGCUCGCUAUCAACUCAUUCAAGACCGGUCAUUGUUAAUUUCAGAUCGUUCAAAUCGUUCUCUUCGGGUUGGUAUGCUCAUACGAGAUCGCAUGCAUUAG